GCACUCGUAGCAUCAUGUCGACGAUUUUGAACUCGAUCGUGGCAGCGCACGCAAAGACCCCUGGCAAUCAAUGGGAGUACUUUGAGUUCAGCGUGAAGCUAACUAUGGCUCGAUGGACUGCCUUGCGUAUGGCCAUGGAAGGCGAAUGGGGUGGAGGAGACAUGCGUCGCAAAUUCGAGAUUUUGCUAGACGACGUGUUGAACUGGUUCAAGUACCAAAAGUCCGUCGAGUACGACGACUUGGCCGCAGGCAUUGAAGAGUACAUUGAAAGCGAGUUUGCGCUUGUGUGCGAAGACGACAGCGUGGAUGAAGUCGCCAAGUUGUUGCUCACGUUGGCUGCUGAAUGCAAGCAAGGCGACUUUUCGCGCGUCCGAGCGCUGGAGGAACAGUUCCAAACGUCGACGUUUGCAAUCGAUCUGAAGAAGGCCAAGCUUCGGGAAGAACAGGCAUUGCUUCGACGAGCGGAGCAACAAGACGAGAACCAAGACAUGGACACUGCGGACGAACCCCUCGUGGACGACGAUGGCUUCCAAACCGUGCGCCGGUCGACGCGCAAGAAGACCCAGCCCAAGUUCUUUGACCCACAAGUGGAGUUUCCCGGUGCCAACUAAGCAUUGUGUACUGUUAAUUUACCUUAUUGCCCCAUCACUUUGGACGCGGUGUUCCAAUGCUAUGAAGGUCCUUCCUGUUGGGUAAUUUAACCUAAAG